CGGAAGCUGAGGGCCAGGACCAAGUGGCAGCAGUCCGGGCCUCUGGGGAGCUGGCAGGGUUUGAUUAAUCAAGGUUAGCGGCCGCGGAAACAUCGAGAUGUCAUUUGUAAGGCUGAGCCGCUUUGGUCCUCGAGGAAAUGGAAGAAAAGUACUGAAAGCUAAAAAGAAGAAAACUCCAGUGAAGCAAGAAUGGGAUAGUACUGUCAGUGAUUUAACAGUACAUCGUGCAACUCCCGAAGACCUGGUACGUCGUCAUGAACUUCACAAAUCAAAGAACAGAGCACUUGCCCAUUGGGAACUUCAAGAGAAAGCUUUGAAGAGAAAAUGGAAAAAGCAGAAACAGGAUACACCUGAUCUUCUUGGAAAAAGGAGAUUGGCUAUCAUGAAGGAGAUUCUUUCUGAUAACUACCAGAUGCAAGAUGCAUUAGAAAGAUCUGAUGAGAUGAUGGCUGUAGCAAAAGAUCUGUUUGGUGAUGCUCCUCGUAGGCGCACAGGCUAUCCUAAUGUCACAAUAGCUCCUGACUCUGAGAUUGGUUCUUCCCCUGGCCCUAUUGUGUCAAAAAGAGACCCUCUUACUGAGUCAAUCCUUACCGAAUCUUCUAUUGACCCUCAGGCUCUUAAUGAAGUAGAGGAAGGAGAAGGUGAAGAAACUAUCAACAGUCAGUCAGAAGAAAGUGAGAAUGAACUCGAUAGCUCUCUGAACUUUCAGUCUAAUACAAGAACGGAUAGGCUUCUUCAGCGUCUAAAUGAAGAGAACUCUGAAUUCAUUUCUAAGUUAUGUACAAGUAUGCGGCAGAAAAUUGCUACGUCGCAAAAAAUUACUCCACCAUCGACUCCAACAGUUGCUAUUCCAUCAUUGGAACAUAGAGCUCUGAAUGCUACUAAUGCAGUCAAGAGGAUCCAGUCAAGGCUUCCGCCUGAGGAACCUACAGGGAAUGAAGACUCAAAUUAUGUGGUGGGACAAGUGCUGAAUCCUAACUCAAGAAAACAGAAACAACAAUUAGCCAAAGUGAAGAAGAAAUCAGAUUUAUCUGUUCCCACCAAAGCGAAGAAAAAUGUUUCUUUCAACAACAUAACCACCUCAGAUACAUCAAGGGGUGAUGGCUCCAGCCUGGAUGUCCUGAAACACAUGAUACACGAAGUAGAACAUGAAAUGGAAGAGUACGAACGAUGGACAGGGAGGGAAGUCAAGGGAUGGAAAAACAGUCAAGGUUUGACUGGUUUUACUUUGUCCCUAGUGAGCUCUCUCUGUCGGCUAGUGCGUUACCUUAAAGAGAGUGAGAUGCAAUUGCGUAAGGAAGUAGAUACAAGGCAACGCCUGGAAGUGGUAUUAGGUGAUCAUCGAGAAUUGAUUGAUGCCCUGACUGCUGAAAUUCUACUUCUCAGAGAGGAAAAUACUGCUCUACAAGCAAAAUUGCAGCAAUACAUGUUAACAACUGAUGAACAACUAAUUUCACUUACACAUGCCAUUAAAAGCAUUCCUGUAAUAGGACCUAACAGAGAAGAAAGCCCAUCAUCUGAAAGGGGAGUUGCAAUCAGAAGCAUUGCCAACAGUCAAGAGGCUCCAGUUGUAAAUGAUAAUGCCUCUGUUCCAUUGAUGUUCAGAAGAGAAAUGACUGAAUUCCCCCAGGAAGAAUUACCUGUUAAACUAACUCAGUUGCCAAAUUCCACAGAUGGUGUGGGCCUUGCCAACACUUUACCGGCCCAUAUGUUUGAACCAGCUGUUAUGCUAACACCUCCCAGGCAAAAAAACAAUGCAGAGUUUCUUCCAUUGCAGGAAGCAUUGAGGAGAACAGUUCAAACACGUCCUGCUCCACGUUUUCUUCCAAGUGUAGAAAUAACUGAGAAGGAACAAAAUUGGGAAAAGAAGAACUCACCUAAUCCUGUAGAAAUUCCAAACUCAAAUGAGGAAAACCGUCUCUUCACCCAGAGGUGGAGAGUUUCUCAUAUGGAUGAAGAUUUAGAGAACAAAACCCAGCCUUUAUUUGCCAGUGUGCCACCGACCCAGUGCCCUCCUCCCCAUUUUCAGCACUUGGGGAAUCAUACUUUUCCAGAAGAACCUCCAGUACUUGGAGAUGGACAGCAGCUUAAAACAGAUCAGCCUUUCCUGCAAAGUAAAGAUCUGAUGGCUCGAAUUGCUGAGUUAACGUUGCAGAAUACUGCUAUUAAAGCACAUCUGAACAGUUUUAUAGGACCCUCAGGGGAACAAGGGGAUGGACCCCAGGACCCAGCCAAGCUAGAAAAUGAAAAUGACAUGACAGCAACUUUUCCAGCAGUGCAACCACAAACACCAAACAGCAUGGAGGAACGAAUAGCAGAACUGAACCGCCAGAGUGUGGAGGCUCGUGGAAAACUUUUGCAGUUAAUAGAACAACAAAAACUUGUUGGUUUGAAUACUUCCUCUCAAUCAAGUCCCCCUGGUCAUUCACCUCUGAGAGCAUGGACUGAAGGUGGAAAAAGGACAAUUGAGAUGUCUGUUCCAGGGGCAGAAACUACAGAGAACUUGAAUGGCAGUGCUGUUUCUUCUGCUAGUGGAAUGAAUGCAAGAAGAUCUUCAGGUGCCACCAGUAACUCCUGCUCCCCAUUAAAUACCACUUCAGGGAGUGGAAGAUUUACACCUCUCAAUCAGAGGGCAAAGGUUGAAAAGCAAAGAGAAGGCGGCUGGUUUGCUCUUUCUACACAUGUGACAUAAGUGAAGUUUGUUUUUACAGAUCUUGUUUUAUUUUUAAAUAUUUUCUUCAUGAACUUCUACUUCCCAGUCCUUGCCUUUUCACGUUGUUCCUUUAGCCCACAGAAAUCUAUGCAUUAGUUCUUCUGGUGGACAGAAGUAAAACAUUUGUUAUAUCUCUGCAUUUAUUUUGGAUGUUGACCUUUUUGAAAGAAUACGCAUUUAAGAAACAGCAUUUUUGACUGAAAUUUGACAAUUGGGGAAUUACAAUAUCACAUUCCAGUCAUUUCCUUUGAAGGAAUCAAGUUGAGGACAUCACAAACCUUUAAAAUUUUUCACUAUUUGAGUAAAAAAAAACCAAACAACUGUAUGACAUUUAUACCUGCAACAGUUGAAUUCCUAUUUCUGGCACAUAACAUAUGUCACCUUUGACAUCUUUUAAUUUUUUUUUUCCCAUAAAGAGCAGAGUUGCUAUGGGUCAGUCUCUGUAAUAAAAGUUUUCUCUCCUGUGUGAGCACAAUUACUGACUUAGGAAAAAAAUUUUAAUACCUUCUUGGUUUCAGACUUACUGCUAUGGAAGUCACUGCUUUCCCCACCUUUUUUGAGCAUGUUGUUUAUAGAGUUAUUUUAAAAAUGGGUGUGUGAGUAUGUUUGUGUUUGUUCAGUAGAUGAGAAUAGUUGUAUAUAUUAUAGAAUAUGCUUAUAUGUUUUUAAAAAAUGUAAACUUUUGUCUAUAUUGGUGGGCAAUGAAUUUCAAAUAAAAAAUCAUAGUAAUUUGCAUCGUACAUUUUCAUGUUAACUGUUCUAAUAACACCUAUGUCAAUAAGCUAUCUAGUUUCUAAGAGAAUAAUAAUGAGUCAAUUCUAGAUCUAGUAGCUGAAAAGGGAUUAUGAUUUAAAAAUGAUUUCUUCUUGGUGUUAUCUUGAAUGGGGCCAUUAUGGGACAUUAAGCAAAUUCUUAAUAUAAGUAUGUUGGCAAUUUCCCAGAUAUGUUGGGCAUUGAGUUUUCUUGAACACUUGCUUUUUGAAAUAUUCCUGCUUUUUAUAUUUGUCAUUGACCAGUUCACUCUGUAUUUGCUUGAAACUUUUAUUUAUUGAGCUCAUGCUCAGGCAUAGAAAUGGAAAUUAUUUCCUCAAGAAAUACUGAAUAUAUUUCCAUGAAAUCAUUUGUAUAAUUUGCUUGUCCUACAUCCUUAUUCAUUCUUUUGUUUUAACUGACACUGCACUGUGUGUAAUUGGUACCUUAAUAAAUGUUACCCCAUUCUGAGUUUAUAAA